UCAUUUAGCCAGAGGAGGAACACUGGCCAUAUGUUUGAAGGGGGACUCACACUGUGAGGUUUUAAGGUUAAAUGGCCUUUGUAGUUGUAAUGACAUAGUAAACACGAGACGAGUGGGACACGCCUCUUGGGCAAAGAAAAUAUUCUUCUAAUGCGCCCAUGGAACCGUGCGCAAGGGGGCAGUUUCGUUCUCCGAAGUGCAGUUGUCCUUGCCUUCGUAGAACAUACAUGUGCUCACACACACAUGGCUGUAAAGAUGCGAUAACCACACACACACACAAACACACACACACAGAUACACAAACACACAAACACGUGUACACACCGCAUAUCUACACACACACUUUCAUCUGCAUUCCCCAUCUGGGCCUAAUUCAAAGAAAGGAUUUUGGCAGGAUAAAGUAUCUCUCUAAUGAUCUUCUCCAGUUCCACUGCCUGUGAAUGCUUAAGGCACUUGUUCAUACAGAGGAGGUGAAACCACACUUACAAAUUACUACACCAGAAGAUACCACAGACUGACAUACCUCCACUCGGUUGCCCAUUGGAGCACAUCUGAAUCCGUUAGCUUAGCCCUUCACCAGUGUACCUUCACGGCAUGCGCUGGAUGUUACCCGAGAGGAUAAUUGGUCAGGAGGACCGUUUCAAGUUUAAUCACACUGUUUUUGUUCCUCCCCUCUCCUUCUUUCCCCCUCCCCCAACUUCAGAAUCAACUGGAAAGGAAAGACGAAAAGAGAAGAGAAAAGGAAGGAAGAGGUCUCCGGGUGCGCAGGGGCCUCCCGGCCCCCCCGGCCCCCCAGGGCCGCAGGGGCCCCCAGGCAUCCCAGGGAUCCCUGGCAUCCCUGGGAGCAAUGCUGUCGGACCAGCCGGACCACCCGGGCCCCCUGGCCCUCAAGGACCUCCAGGCCUCCAAGGUCCAGCAGUGACUGCUGACAAGACCAAAACAAAGGAAUUUCAGCCGGCAGUGGUGCAUCUGCAAGGGCAGGAAACGACCAUCCAAGUGAGGGAAGAUCUGUCCGAGGGCGUCCUGCGGAACUGGAAGAUGGUCUCCAUCCACCACCGCGUCUUCAAGAUGCACUCUCGCUCCGGGGAGCUUGAGGUGCUGCUGGAUGGGGUCUACUUCAUAUAUAGUCAGGUAGAAGUUUACUAUCUGAACUUCACGGACAUCGCCAGCUACGAGGUGAUGGUGGACUCCACGCCAUUCCUGCGAUGCACCUGCAGUAUCGAGACGGGCCAGCGCAAGUUCAACACCUGCUACACUGCCGGGGUGAGCCUACUGCGUGCCGGCCAGCGGAUCUCCAUCCGCAUGGUGUACGAGGACACCCUCAUCAGCAUGACCAACCACACCACGUUCCUCGGCAGCGUUCGCCUCGGCGAGGCGCCAUCUGCUGGCCAACACUGACCACUGCAGGGAGCCGGUGAAGGGCCCGGCUCAGGAAGUGGCGCAAAGCGGCAACCCCCCACCCCAAAAAAAGAGAAAUAAUCGUUUGCGGAGUCCGACUCCGCAAUCAUCCUUUCCACUAAUGGUCCCAGUAGCGUGUAACGGGGAAGGAUUAUCAGAAUAAUACGUUUUGUUUAAAGAGGCAACUCCUCAAACCCCAUAAAAAAAAACCCUGCUGGCGAGAAAUAUGAGGCCAUUUGUUGAGAGCCUGUCGAGAAGGAACUGUAGAACUUUUUGAUCUGAGAAACAUUUCUUUUUGGGGAAGCCAAUCUGUGACUUUUUGUUUACUUUCCCUUAUUCUGUGUUCUGGAACAGAAGAGGAGUCUUGGGCAAGGACGCCGAGCUUCUCACGAAAAGACUCAACGGCCCCUCGUUAUUUAUAGACAUGGAGUAGUUUUUUUUACACUUAGGCAUUUCUUUUUUUAUAUUGAGGAAGGACACUGCGCUGACACAUACUUUAUAUUUACGUACCUUACUUGCUGUCCAAUGAUAACCUUGUAUCUCCAGAAAAAAGGGCUACUCAAAGAGUAAUGAAAAAUGACUAAGUAUCGGACUGUAGGCGUUGGCUUUUCAAAAUAAAAUAUAUGUAGGAUGUUCUCAGCAUCUGUGGCCUGUGAAUUGCAAAUUGAAAAAUAAAACAUGUAAAGUGAAACCAGAAAUUGAUUUCCCUCCUAAAUGGAUUUAAAGGUGUUCACAAGAUGGCAGCACUAUGUAUUUGCACAUAUUUGCACUACAGCAUCCGGAAUAUCAGUGAUAUGUUGUUAUUUUUUAACAAUGCAAUUGUUUAGCUACCGUAUGAAUGAAUCCAUGUUGAAAAAUGAUAGUUAUGUUUAUAUGUCACUGUAUAUAUUGUAUAUAAAAUGGGAUAUACUUUUUGUAAAUUGAUUUGAUUGAUGGAUUAAAAUGUUUCAUUUUUUGCCUUAAA